UAUAUUCAACCUUUCCUACUUCUGUCCACUUCUCACACUCCUCCGCAAGUCAAAUUAACCAAACGAUUUGGCUUCUUUCUACAUUCCACCUUCACGCCAUCAUCGGAGCCUCCAUUUCCAUUUCCGACCAUGGACCCACCGGAACCCCCCCAACUAACUUUCGAAUCAGCUGAAAACGUUAUUCUCCGUUGGGACACGACGUCGUCGGAACAGCCUAGAGACCGGACGAUCUUCGACGGCGGCGAUCGCCACGAGAUCAAUCAGUACAUCGACGCCGUUGACGAGAUUCAACGCUCCCUCGAAUCGGCGACGUUGACCGAACCCGACCACCAGAGCAAGGCCAAGACCGCCAUCCGGAUCGCCAUGGCCCGGCUCGAGGAUGAGUUCCGUAACCUGCUCACGGCCCACACCUCCCCCAUCGAAACCGAUUGCCUCGUCGAUCCAAACUCCUCUUUCAAAAAACACUGUAGAACCAACUCCUCUUCAGACGGCGCCGUUUUGCGCGCCGAAAGCUUCACCGACGACGAAGGACUCGAGAGCAGAACCUGCGUGAGUUACCGUUUCGCAAAUAGGAUCUGCGAAAUCGAUUCGAUACCGUCAGACGCCAUUUCCGACCUCAGAAGCAUAGCAGAAAGGAUGAUCUCAGCUGGAUACCUUCGGGAGUGUGUUCAGGUGUGCGUUGGUGUACGGAGGUCUUGCGUGGACGCGAGCCUCGUACGGCUCGGGAUCGAGAAAUCUAGCAUCGACGAUAUCCAACGGAUGGAGUGGGAGAAUUUAGAAACGAUGAUCCGAUGGUGGAUUCGAGCGGCUAGGGUUUCGAUACGGAUGGUGUUCGCGAGUGAGAAGAGGCUGUGCGAGCAAAUCUUUCGAGAUUUAGGUAGUUCUUCGAUAGAUGAAUUUUGUUUCUUGGAGACCGUUAAAGUUCAAGCGCUUCAACUGUUUAAUUUCGCUGGAGCCAUAAGUCUAAGUCCCCGGGCGCCUGAGAAGCUGUUUAAAAUACUCGAUUUACACGAUGCGAUGUUGGAUUUAUUGCCCGACAUAGAGGUGGUUUUCGAGUCCGAGUUGUCGAAGAUGAUUCGAGUUGAGGCCGCGGAGAUACUGUCUGAGCUAACAGAGGCAGUGAGAGGGAUUUUAACGGAGUUUGAAAAUGCCGUGCUUAAUGAGCCGUCUAAGGUUGCGGUUCCGGGAGGUACGAUUCAUCCCUUGACUAGGUACGUAAUGAAUUACAUGUGUCUGAUUACUGAUUACAAGCAAACCUUGGUUGACUUGAUUGUGUCGAAACCGGAGUUGAGGCAUUCGGAUGAUCCGACGGAUGUGGAAUUUGAGGUGGUGGAGGGGAGAACUCCCCUGGCUUCCCAUUUGAUAUGGAUAAUUGUGAUAUUACAAUCCAAUUUGGAUGGUAAGUCCAAGCAUUACAAAGACCCUGCAUUGGCUCAUUUAUUCAUGAUGAACAAUGUUCAUUAUAUAGUUCAGAAGGCCAAAGGGUUUCCGGAUUUGAAAGAGAUGAUUGGAGUUGGUUAUCUAAAGAAAUUAAGUGGCAAGUAUAGGCAGUUGGCGACUAGCUACCAGCGAUCAACUUGGGUGAAGGUGAUGCACUGUUUGCGGGAUGAGGGGUUACAUGGCAGUGGGAGUUUCUCUGGGGUUUCAAAGAGUGCUCUAAGAGAGAGAUUCAAAAGUUUCAACGCGACGUUUGAAGAGGUUCAUAAGACUCAAGCCAUGUGGCUGAUACCAGAUGCUCAGCUUCGGGAGGAGCUUCGGAUACAAAUUUCAGAGUUGUUGAUUCCUGCUUACACGUCGUUUCUUGGCAGAUUCAGGAGCUAUAUAGAGAGUGGGAAGCAUCCCGAGACCUUCAUCAAGUACUCCGUUGAGGACCUUGAAGCACAUAUCUUGGAUUUCUUCGAGGGUACCUCAGCUUCGCAGCAGCAGUUGAAGAGGAGAUCUCAGUGAAAGCCUGGGAUUGCGUUGUUUAAGUCAGAAGCAUAGGAAUUUUUUGUUUUUGAAUUUGUUAGUGGAGUGUUUGGUUUGGGUAUGCAGAGAUCAACUAGACUUGCCCAGAACAACCAAAUCACUCAACCUGGAUGCUUCUUCCCUGUAAGAUGUUGUAUGUUUCGUCAAUUCUAGUUUUUUUGCUUCUCAAUUAUUCACAUUAGGAUUGUUGUAUCUGUUGUACUCUGAUAUUUACAUGCCAUUACAAUUUUGAAACCAGAAA